GGAAUGCUUCUACGUCACGAUGCGGAAGUGUAGUGUCGCUCAGCUGAAUGUCAGACUUUCUUACUCUAUUCUACUAAAUAAUAUGAAUUAAAUCCACUCUUAAAACCAACAGUUACAGUUGAUUAGAUGUCCAUCUUCCGGUUUGGCUCACAGACGAGUUUGCCGUUUUGUGUGAGUUCUUUAUGCAUUUUGAAUCUAAGGACUCUGGAGCUUCACUCUACAACAUGAUGGGGAUUAAGUACAAUAUGAGGCUUCCUGUUGCAGCUGCUGCAAUAUUUGUAGCUCUUCCUUACAGUAUCUCGCUUAUCGCCCAGUGGUUCUAUGGAUGGCCUGAUAAACCCGGGUACAAAAAAUACACAGAGGCUCUUAAACCCUGGCGAAUCUACCGAGUGACGAGGGCAGUGCUGGAAAUGAUGAAGUAUCUGCAGUACAGCAAGUUAUACUUCCAGUGGAAAGUGUGGUACAAGAAAACCAGUAGUCAGCACUGUGUGAAAGACAUUCCCUUUGGUCACAGUGGUAACAAAUUAGACUUGUACCAUUCUCCAAGAUUGGGCCAGUCAGAAACAGAGCUUGUCCCAGUAGUAGUGUUUGUCUAUGGAGGAGCCUGGGGCUCAGGAGAGAGAUCCAUGUACUGUCUACUUGCUCUACAAAUGGCUAAAGAACUUAAUGCUUCAGUGAUUUGUCCUGAUUAUUCCAUUUAUCCAAAGGGGAACGUAUCAAAAAUGGUUCAGGACAUAAGUGACAGUCUGAUGUGGGUGAGAGAGAAUGGACAUUCUUUCGGUCUUGACAAAGAUAAUAUUGUGUUAAUCGGCCACUCGGCAGGAGCUCAUCUGUGCAUACUGACCACAGUGUUUCUACUGGAAGGUGCAGAGUCGCUGUUCAUCGAGCCAAACAAACAGAAAGAAAUGAUCAACUCGAUUAAAGGCAUCAUAGGUUUGAGUGGCGUGUACAAUAUAACAGACCAUUACGAACACGAGAAGACGCGAGCCGUCGAAUACAUCUCCGCCAUGCACAAAGCCAUGGACGGAACAGAGAACUUUGACUACUAUUCGCCUACAGCUCGAAUCAGGAAGCUGAAUAAGGACCAGAUAGACAGACUUCCUCCAGUAGGAUUAAUCCAUGGCACUAAUGACAUCAUAGUUCCCGUGGAGUCGUCAGUACGACUCUGUGAGCUCCUCACUUCACUCUCCGUCACUGCCACCCUGUAUGUGCUGCCAAACAUGAACCACAGUGAGGUGGUUACAGAUCUAAUGGCACCAGGCAGACACUUUUAUGAUACUGUAUUUAGCUGCAUCAAACAGGAGUACCGAAAAUGUAUCGGAUCGACGUAAUCGAACUUUUUGUGCCCUCAUGCUUUUGUGUUUGCACAUGCUAUUAUUAUUAUUAUUAUUAUUAUUAUUAAUAAACACAAUAAUAAUAAUAAUGACAAUAAUGUUUGUUCUGUUAUAAUUAUAUUUUUUAUUUUUAAAAGAAUGUGAAUUUUUUCUUUCAUAUAUAUAAAUGAUUGAGCAUUUCUUUGUCUUAAUGCAGAGCCAUGUGUCAUGUUUACAGACUAUCGUGUAGAACUAGUUUUUUAAUGUUUAAUGUGCCUAGAGAUUAUAUUUUGUUAAGAAUAUUAUGUAAAUAUUAAGUAGGAGACUUAAACGUUUUAAAAAAUAUUUUAAUAUAUAAUUAUAUUUUAAAAUAAAAAUGUACAACGUAGACUAGUUACAUAACCCCAACACAUUAAAAUAUUUUAUGUUUUAUAAUAUAUAUUUGCUGUUGUAUAGUUACAAAAGGUAUGCCAUAUAUAUUAUGAUUUCAAUGUUUUAAAAUGGUAAAGUAAAAGUGCUUUUAAUAAAUACUACAAUGGUUGGGUUUGUGUAGUCUAGUGACAAAUGAAAAAAAGUUACAUAUAAAAUAAAAAAAAGUUCAAUACAAAGGAUAGAAUGUCAUUUUGAAUCAAAUAAAAAUGUAUAUGCAUUAA